AUGGUCGUCCUCCACGCCACAACACUCACAGAGUUCACGAACCUCCUCUCAUCAAACACAUACCUCGUUGCCGAUUUCUACGCAGACUGGUGCGGCCCAUGCCACGCCAUCAAACCGAUAUACGAGUCCCUCUCGAACACCCACGGCCAGCCAGGCUCCCUGGUGUUCGUAAAAGUAAACGUCGACUCCGCCCAAGAUAUCGCCCGACGCUAUGGCGUGACGGCAAUGCCGACCUUCAUGUUUUUUGAAAACGGCCAGCCGUACAACGGCGGACGGAGCGUCAUCCGCGGCGCCGAUCCCAGGAGCCUGCAGACCACCGUCCAGGAGCUGGGUGGGCUGGCCAAGAAGAAAGCCGCCGAGGCGGCCGCACAGAAGGCCGAGGCCGAGAGGAAGAAGAAGGAAGCCGCCGCAGCCGCCGAGAGGAACGUCAAGCCUGAUGAUGGUUCCACUGUCUCUGGCGGCUACACCCUAGGCGGCAAUACGGGCCCGAGGUCGGACUGGAAAAUGUCCUUGAGGGGGUGA